UUCCCCUCUAACCCGGUGAUGUCGGCGCUUUCCUGCUCUUUCCUGUUCUCGCUGCUCCGUCUGCGCUGCUGCCGGAGCCGCGCCGAGCGCAGUCGCACCGCCGAUGUCGGAGGCUCUCUGUGAACGAGCGCUGUGAGAAAGCCCGCCGCGCCGCGCCGCCCUUGCGCGUUCAUCGACCGCACGCUGGUUUCGCGGUGAUCGCACGGUGUGAUCUCGCGCCGAUCGCACGCUCAUCUCACGGGGAGAGAGAGAGAGCCGCGGCAAUGCGGAGGAAGUCCAGGAUACUGCUGUGCUUCGCCGUGCUCUGGGUGCUCGGCAUCGCGUACUACUUCUACUCGGGGACGACGCUGUCUCGGAAGGAUGACUGGAACAGUGUUGACUCCUCCAACCGGAACUCGGCACACAGCAGUGCAGAUGACAAAGCCCACGGCCCGGAGACGCUUCCCCCAGGGAAGGUGAGGUGGCAGGACUUUGAUCAGGACCUGUACGUGGGGGCGACUGUGGUGAGACCAGGGCAGGAUCCAUACGCCCGCAACAAGUUCAACCAGGUGGAGAGUGACAAGCUCCGCAUGGACCGAGCAAUCCCCGACACCAGACAUGACCACUGCCGACAUAAACAGUGGAGAACCGACCUGCCGGCCUCCAGCGUGGUCAUCACCUUCCACAACGAAGCGCGGUCGGCCCUCCUGCGGACCGUGGUCAGUGUCCUGAAGAAGAGCCCCCCUCACCUUGUCAAAGAGAUUAUCCUGGUGGACGACUACAGCGACAACCCUGAAGACGGGUCCUUGCUGGGCAAAAUAGAGAAAGUGAGGGUCCUUCGAAAUGAUCGUCGCGAAGGGCUCAUGCGGUCCAGGGUCCGAGGAGCCGAUGCCGCCACCGCCAGCGUCCUCACCUUCCUGGACAGCCACUGCGAAUGCAACGAGCACUGGCUGGAGCCGCUGCUGGAGAGAGUGGCCGAGGACAGAACGAGAGUCGUCUCCCCCAUUAUUGACGUCAUCAACAUGGACAAUUUCCAGUAUGUGGGGGCCUCCGCGGACCUCAAAGGAGGUUUUGACUGGAACCUGGUAUUCAAGUGGGACUACAUGACUCUGGAGCAGAGACGGGCACGUCAGGGGAAUCCCAUCGCACCCAUCAAGACUCCUAUGAUCGCUGGUGGCCUCUUUGUCAUGGACAAGAACUACUUUGAAGAGCUUGGGAAGUAUGACAUGAUGAUGGAUGUGUGGGGAGGGGAGAACUUAGAAAUCUCCUUCCGUGUGUGGCAGUGCGGGGGCAGUCUAGAAAUCAUCCCUUGCAGCCGAGUGGGACACGUGUUCCGCAAGCAGCAUCCCUACACCUUCCCCGGGGGCAGCGGCACCGUCUUUGCCAGGAACACCAGGCGGGCGGCAGAAGUGUGGAUGGACGAGUAUAAGAACUUCUACUAUGCUGCUGUACCCUCAGCUCGAAAUGUCCCCUACGGCAACAUUCAGAGCCGGCUGGAAAUGAAGAAGAGGCUCGGGUGCAAGCCGUUCAAGUGGUACUUGGAGAACGUCUAUCCGGAGCUAAGGGUUCCUGACCACCAAGACAUUGCCUUUGGAGCCUUGCAGCAAGGCAGCAACUGCCUGGACACGCUGGGCCAUUUUGCAGACGGCGUGGUGGGCGUGUAUGAGUGCCACAAUGCCGGUGGCAACCAGGAAUGGGCGUUGACCAAGGACAAGUCAGUCAAACACAUGGACCUGUGUUUGACCGUGGUGGACCGGACGGCUGGCUCACAAAUCAAACUGCAGGGCUGCAGAGAGAAUGACAGCAGACAGAAGUGGGAGCAGAUUGAGAACAACUCCAAGCUCCGGCAUGUGGGCAGCAAUCUGUGCCUGGACAGCCGCAGCACCCGCAAUGGUGGCCUCACCGUGGAGGUGUGCAGCCCGUCACUGACACAGCAGUGGAAGUUCACCCUGAACCUACAGUCCUAGAGAGCACCUGCCCUUCUCUGCCCCCCCUCCAAUUCCCAGCCCCCUAUCCCCCCACCCACUCCCAUACCCCCUACUCCCUCCUCCACUCCCACGCCCUGAGAAGAGGCGCGGUCACCCAAAUGAAUUCAGCACAUACUGAAGACAGGGACCUGAGGAAACGGAACUACAGAGAGAGGCCUGCCAUUUAGAGAGAAAAUCAAGAAGGAAGUGUGGUGACAUUGGUGAUUUCCAUCCAACUAUAUACCUCAGUGUUUCAUCUUGGUCCAGCUUUUGGGAAGUGAAUGCGUGUUUUUUUUCUGAUGCAGCAAAAUGGAACGAUUUUCUUCCUUCUUUCGCUCGUGUUCAUUUUAUUUCUUUUCUCUGAAUUACUCUGCAUUCCUUUAAUACAUAUGGACUUUUUUUUGGCAAUCUCAUUAUGUCGAAUGUAAAAAAGAUCGCUCUCCAUGAGGCUCUCUCACCCAGACACCAUCCACCCAGUGAGUGGUUUGGUGGCAACAUCUCUGGGUUUUGGCCUGGGUUUUCUUUUUUUUUGUCAGGAAACCCUGCAGCUGAGGGAAGCAGACUGUUCCGCACUAGUGCUUCCCAAUGGCGUAACCGCAAGCAGCACUCAGUCUGGCUCAGUGAUGGAAGGGCGGACGAAGAAAGGCCCUGAGCUUCACUGAUUUUGGGGUCGUGGAGCUUUGAGAAAGGUGCAGCAUGGAAAUAAACGGGCUCUCAGCUCAGGUGCGUGAGGCAAGGAGCUGUCAAGGGCCGUGGAUGCACCGCUGCUGGAUCGGGGCUCGUAGCACUGGCUGCUACUGGGGUUCAGUGUUCAACUGUCCCUUGUGUCCUUUGUCGCUGUAUGAAAAAUACACACGCAUUUUCAUUGAUUAUUGUUAUUACUGAUUAAUGGAAAACAUUACAAGGACGAGACGCAGUGCAUUAAUUGUUACUGUUGUAACUUUUCUUCUGACAUUAAAGUGUUCUGUUUAAUUACACAAAUGUAGAGUAUUGACUGAUUAAAUACAAACUGUUCUUUGUUUAUAAUCUCUUUAUGCGUCCUGACCUUUAUAUAUAUUUUUUUUUGUCUUUGCUUGAUGUGGCCCUUGGUGAUAUCACUGUAUUUACCAUUUGCAAAGUGACCUCGGAGUGGUGUGUAUUACAGGGUAAUGAAAAGUUGGGAUGAUCAUGGGAAGAAUUGUUUGAAAUAUGUAAAUUGGUGUCAUUUGGGGUUUUUUCUUUUUGGUUGUCAUUUGAACUUGACAAAUUCAAGUCAGAGGCCUGAAACUGGCGGAAGACAGACAUCGAGCUGGGGUGGCAUGGAAUAUAAUGCUGCAAGCCGAACCAUUACUUGAGCAUUGCUUUUGUUCUUUAGUCUUUCUGUUUUUGACCUUUUUUUCCGAGUUCAACAAAUGCCUUUUAACGGUAUGUAUCACUGUAAGCGAGAAUGUGGCUGUGUGCAUAUGUACAUCUCACAAAUUCUUGAAGGAAACACAAACUGCCAGUUGAGUGGACUGAUAAAGGGAGAGUAGCAAUAAGAUACCCUGU